AUGUCCAUUGCAAUCUACCGCCUCCUCGGUGGCAAGGUCCGUAACAAAGUCCAAGUGUACGCCUGGAUUGGCGGCGACCGACCCCAAGACAUCGAAAAGGCCGCCAAAGCACGCAUCGCCCAAGGUCUGAAAUGCAUCAAAAUGAACGCGACCGAGGACGUCAACUGGCUCGACUCUCCUUCCGUCUUGGACGCCACAAUCGAACGCCUCAAGACGAAGCGCUGGGUCUCGAUGCCGGCCUCGACUUCCACGGCCGCCUCCACAAACCGAUGGCGAAGCAAUUAG